AUGGGAUUAUGUUGUUCAGAUAUGAGAUCCGAGGAUCAUCAUCUCGAUGAUGUAUCCCACGCAAAAUCAUUUUCUCCUCGAAACGGAAACAGUAUCAAUACAUUGGAGAAUGAAGAUGAAGAUCAUCAUCAAAUCCACCACCAUGAUUCAUCCUCUUCCUUUCAUCCAUUACCCGAGUCCAUCAGUCUUCAUACCAAAACAUCAGCAGCAUCAUCAUCUCGUGGUACCAACAUUUCAUCAUCACAACAUGGAAAGCAUAAAAAGGCUUCUCUCAUCACCACGAGCCUCCGCACCCAUGUUCAUAGUUGUUCAGAAGGAGAAGCCGAAGAUGAAGAUGGCAUGAUGGAAGGACAACACUCCCCUUCAUCCUCUUCAACCCGAAACAAAAAGAAGAAGAAAAAGAAGAGCCGAUCUAAGAAGAACAAUGAUAGCGUGAGUAGUAGCAGUAGUUUGGUGCAACAACUCAAGAAAUCAACCUCUGAAAAGACUGCUCUCUCAGGUCAUCAUCAUGUUUUAGAUAUUACUUCAUCAUUUGCACAGAAUUCUCCUCGAUCCAAUUACUAUUACUAUGAAGAUGUCAUGCCAACCAAUCACGACGAUGAAGAUGGAAAUGAAUCAUCGGCUGAUGAAACCACAAGCCAUCAUCAUCCAACAACAACAGCAAUACAUCAUCAUCCUCACUAUCAUCUUUCAGCGAACAUACCUCACUCUAACAGCACGGCUUCCUAUUCUUCCGUGGUUAAAUACUCUAGCAUUAUUCGGAAUAAGAUUGAGUCUGCUUCAGCUUCACUUUCCAGCGGUUAUCCUCAAUCGGCAUCCCAUCAUUCUAAUCAUCACCCUCCUCAUCCAUAUCCAACACCUUCUCCUUCACUAUUGACACUAAGUUUACAACAACAACAAAUUCAACAACAUAUGGAAGCCAAAAGAAAGCAAGGAAAAUCUCGUAGAACUCUCUCUGAAUAUCAAACAGAGAAUGCAGAAAGUAAACCGAUCACUACCACAUUAAGCUUUACUGAAAAGAAAGCAGGUCCUGUCACAUCCAAGCCAAAACAAUCUGCAUUGGAUUAUAAAAAGCAGCAACAAUUACCUUUGGUGCAAUUAGAAGAAGACAGCGAAGAGGUAGAAGAGGGAGAAGACAUUGAAAUUUCAGACGACGAGUCUUCCUCAAUGGAUUCUGAAGAAAAAUUGGACAAAAUUCAACAACAACAAACUGGAUCCAUUCGAAAGCAUCCCCGUAAGCAUCCUCCUCAAAAAUCAAGUGUUGAGGGUAGCUCAGCAACGAAUUCGUGGUUUACAAUUCCAAAUAAUUUACCAAAAGUGAAUCGUGUGAAAACAAAAGGUUCAAGCAAAAACCAAGUCGAUUCCAAUACCACGCUCCUCUUCAAGGUCAUACUUUUGGGUGACUCAUCGGUUGGAAAGAGUGCAUGUCUAUCGAGAAUUGAAGGAAAUGCAUUCUCAAAUUUAACACGAAAAACUGUUGGAUUGGAAUUUACGACCAGACUCAUCGACAACACGGCACUACAUCAAAAUGCUGCAGCUUCUCCCAAUUCACAUAUUAGCAUGACAUCGAGUCCUCCUGGCGGAAUAGUAUAUCCAACCAAGCACAAAAUUCAAUUACAAUUUUGGGAUAUGGGAUUUGAUAGUUAUUCAGAGGAAGCUCUUUUUAAUGCCUAUUUGAAGGACGUUCAAGCUAUCAUUUGUGUUUAUUCCAUUAAUUCAGUUUCAAGUUUUGAGAGAUUGAAACAGUUGUGGAACACUCAAGUGUUGCCUCAGUUAUUGAAGAAUUGUUAUUUGCCUCAUGUCAAAAUUGUAUUGUUAGGAAAUAAGACUGAUUUGGAUGGUGAACGUAGUGUUGAUUAUAGUCAAGGAUUAGAGUUUGCACGUGCAAUGAACAAGAGUAUCUUGAACGCCAUUUACUCUUCCUCUCCAACCAAUAACAAUGCCCAACAAUCCUUGGACAAGAUAGCAGCUAACUCUUCAGAGUUUAUGACAGAGUUAAAGACAACCAAAAACGAACCGUUUGGUAAUACCUCAGUGAGUUUGGACGACAACAGCCUCACAGCAAAUUCAAGCUCUUCGGUUGACGAUUGUGAUCGUGUCGAUGCUGUAAAAUUCUUUGAGUGCAGUGCUAAAACUGGCCAAAACAUUGAAACAGCAACUCAAACACUGGCUCACGAUCUAGACACUUACUUUUCAAAUUAUUUAUAA